AUGGCCUUUAGUCAGACCGCUAGAAUUGGAGCUUGUGUAUUUUGUCUUGGGUUCAUCUCCUUCUUACUAGCUAUAUUUGCAGAAACCUCAAAGCCUCCCUUCGGAACUCCAAUCCAAGCAAAGGAUGCAGUGAUCUGCAAGUUCCCAGAUGAUCCGUCCAUCUUACUGGGGACUCUAUCUGUCGUCACACUCGUUCUAGCUGCCAUUGCAGGGCACGUUGCUGUUUACUUCCCUUACAAGGGCAAGUCGGUCCCAAGAAAUGCUUUGUUUCGGAGCGCUACCUUGUCUACAUUCUUUGUCCUCGCCGAGGUACUCACGGUUCUGGCUUUGGUGAUGCUGCUGUGGACUACCAUCAGCGAAAGCCUCCACAGGUCUCGCAACGUGCACCGUGAUCUCACCACGCAGUGCCCAACCGCGAAGACGGGGCUCUUCGGCGGUGGCGCCUUCCUCGCCCUCGAUGCCGCUCUCUUUUGGCUUGUUUGCCAGAUGCUAACGCUGAAUGCGAGGUCGGAUUACUUGGACGAGGACGACACCAAGGGAGAGUACGUUGACGUCUGCACCACCGAGUUUGAUGUCGCCGAGACGCAUCUCCCCACCGCGUAGACAGACGUGGAUAAACACAAGGUUGGGGACUCGGCACUGUUAAUAUUGGAUUGUCCGUCUCAUCGAGGGUCGCCAAUACAUUGAUUUCAUCCAAUA